UCAAACAGCGCGUCAAUGAAACACAGGAAGUCAAUUGAGUGUGAUAUUUUAGAAAAGAAAAAUAACACGAAGGAAGGUGGCCGAGAAAAAUACGUGUUGAAAAAGGGGAGAGUAAAAAUGACUGAAAUGCGGCCAACGAAUCUGCCGCCAAUCGAGAAUAGAGAUUUGGAGCAUGCCUCACAUCUACGAUUUUACAAAAAUGGGGAUCAUAAUUUCGGUGGACGGGUCAUCACUUGGAAUAAACGUCGGAUUCGCACUUUCGAUUCUUUUCUUACGGAACUUACAAAUGCUUUGAAACUUACCGGUGGUUGCGUCCGUAGGGUUUAUACUCCAAGACUUGGACAUAGAAUUACGGAUUUUGAGAAAUUAGAAGAAGGUGGAAUAUAUGUGGCAGCAGGGCAGGAAGCAUUCAGAAAACUUGAGUAUUCAGAAAUAGAUCCUAAUCCAAGAAAAAGAAAUAAUAAAGUUAAUAAUUAUUAUGUGGAACCAGUCUAUCAUUCCAAAUUCCGAGCAUCUGGUAGAAGCAAACACAUGAGAAAUGAAGGCAAGAUAAUCAAGUGUUGGCCGAAUGGAGAUGAUGUUAACGAACCCCGAACUAUUUUGUUAACAAGUUGGAUGCAGGGUGAUCUAGAAGUUAUUAAAGAUGCUGUAUCUGAGAGAAUAUCACAACAAAUAACUGGUCCAGUUGCUAAAUUAUAUACAAAGGAAGGAGUUAAAAUCAAUGAUCCGAAGCAGAUAGAACAUGGUGGCAAAUAUGUUGCUGUUCGUCAUCAUGAUAGGUUACGUGAAGUCAACUAUCGAGAUAGUGCUGCCAGAAACCUCAUCACUUCACCCAGAGUAGAUCAAAAGUAUUUACCCCCAAUCAGCCGUUCUCAAAAGAGUAGUAAAUUCUCAACACCGGACACCUCCCAUCCAACAUCAUCAUAUGGAGGCUCAGAAAAUAGUAAUAAUACAUACACUCAAAGAUACCGCAGAAAUCAUCCUAAAAAAGAGGAAGAUGGAGUAUUUCACGCCAAACCAGUGGCGCACAAACGUUCUUCUGAAAACCAUAAGAAGGUGGAUUAUGAUAAAGAUGAGGGAGGUGUGUUUAAAGCUAAAAAUGAGAACAGAUCAACUCGUGGAGCAAGGGAAAUAGAAGAAAGCAACGAAACAAAAGUAGAUUUACCUAUUGAUCAAAGAGAGGCUGAAAUUGUUACGGUAUGUUUAAUAUCUUAA